CCACCUUAUUUCUCUUCAUCUAAUCUUCUUCUCCUAAUUAGUCAUGUACGUUGACUAAUUAAACACUAAUAAAAUUUUAUAACAUUUAUUUCCUUCACAUCAUCUCCCUUUCUCCCUUCUAACAACCACCUCCUUCGCCACUACUUAAUAUUAUUAUCACAACCCACACUCUUUGAAUGCCAGCUCUCCCUUUCUUCUCCUUCCAUAUUUUCAUACUUUUUUAUUUUUAUAUAUAUACACAAACAUAGCCUAUCUUUCAUGUUGAACCAACUUCUAUAAUUCCACACUAUUUUUUUAUUAUUUAUAUUUAUACUCUAAAGUUUUGGUGCUAUAUAUAUACACAAACUCACACAAACAUAAAAAUAUAUACACACAUAAACCCUCUCUUUUCCUAGCUAUUUUUAACCAACAUACAAAAAAGUGAUUAACAAUCCUUCCUUAAUCCUUUUUUCUCUAUCUAAUUAUCUGAUUAUUACUCAAGUAUUAUGGCACCCGCAUCGUUUAUUCCGAUUUCGAACACGGUGUGUGUUAUGGAUGCUUCUGGUUCCCUUGGUUCUAGUCUUGUAAGGCGGCUUCUUCAACGUGGUUACAUUGUUCAUGCUGCUGUUCAACCCCAUGGUGAAUUGAAAGGAUUGAAGGGGUUGAGUAAUGAUCAUGGAAAUGAAAAGUUGAAGAUUUAUGAUUGUGAUCUUUUUGAUUAUCAUAGUAUUCUUGAUGCUUUGAAGGGUUGCUCUGCUUUGUUCUACAAUUUUGAACUUCCAUAUGAUCAACCUGUCUAUGAUGAGUACACAGUGGACACAGAGGUGAGAGCUGCACAAAACGUAUUAGAAGCGUGCGCACAGUUAGACACUAUUGACAAAGUCGUUUUCACAUCAUCGGCUGCCACCAUUCUUUGGAGAGAAGAUCGUCAAUCAAUGCUAUCAGACCUUGACGAGAGACAUUGGAGCGAUGUAAGCUUUUGUCGUAAAUUUAAGUUGUGGCAUGCGUUAUCAAAGACUUUAGCGGAGAAGAGUGCAUGGGCGUUGGCAAUGGACCGUGGAAUUAGCAUGGUAACAAUCAACGCUGGUUUGUUAGUGGGGCCCGAUCUUACCAUUAGACACCCUUACUUAAAAGGAGCGGCUGAGAUGUACCAAGAUGGAGUACUUGUGACCGUUGAUUUGAGCUUCUUGGUGGAUGCUCAUGUUCAUGUCUUUGAAGAUAUUUCAACUUAUGGACGCUACUUAUGUUUUAAUCAUGUCAUUAAUCGCCCCGACAACGCAAUUAAGCUUGCUAAGAUCUUGUUGCCCUCAACACCCGUACAUGCCCAAAGUUUCCAAGACGACGUUAAAAUGAUUCAACAGAAGAUUAGCAAUGAGAAGUUGAAGAAAUCGAUCGUGGAAUUCGAAUCUCAUCCUAUCGAUUAAGAUCAGAAACAAAUUAUAGUUUCAAAUUAAUUAAUCAAAUUUCCUAAUAUAGAAGGUCUUUUUGGCAAGUUAGAUUAGUUAUCUUCAAGAUUAAUCAAAGCGUAAGCUACUCCAUUUUUUCACACAACUAGGGAGUACAAAUAAGUGGUCCUAUGUUGUAAAUAAAAAUAAAAUCUAUACAUAUAUAUAGGUAAACCAAAGCAACAUCACGAUGAUGCGUACAUCACUUAAUAAUUAUAGGUCUUCUUAGUGCUUGUAGAAUUUAAGUUUUAGCACAUAAUUUUAAUAUGAUAUAACACCAAUUACAUUAUAUUAGAUCCAUAUGGUAGUAUUAUACAUGUAUUAUAUAUAUUGGUGUACGUUUAUGUAAGCUUAAUCGUUAUGAAACAUUAUAUUAUCAAUUUAUCAUCAAACGUUUAUCCUU